UGGGUGGGAGGAGGAUACAUUAACGGCACUGCUGAGUAUGUUUAUCUCCCGGAUAACGGCUUGGCUUGGGCACAAGCCCCCUUUGGAUACGCCCUCAGUCUCGUGGUUGGCGGACUCUUUUUCGCCAAGCCCAUGCGCUCCCGAGGUUACGUCACCAUGCUGGACCCCUUCCAGCAGCUGUACGGGAAACGCAUGGGCGGCCUCCUCUUCAUUCCCGCUUUAAUGGGGGAGAUCUUCUGGUCCGCCGCCAUCUUGUCCGCUCUCGGUGCCACGCUCAGCGUCAUCGUGGACAUCAACAUCAAAAUGUCGGUGGUCCUCUCGGCCCUCAUCGCCAUCUUCUACACGCUGGUGGGCGGACUUUACUCGGUGGCGUACACGGACGUGGUGCAGCUCUUCUGCAUCUUCGUGGGCCUGUGGAUCAGCGUUCCGUUCGCUCUGACCAACCCGGCCGUGUCGGACAUCACGGUGACGGCAGUGCGGGAAGUGUACCAGGCGCCAUGGAGAGGCAGCAUCAACAAGAGUGACACCUGGGUCUGGAUCGACAAUUUUUGCCUGCUGAUGCUCGGAGGCAUUCCUUGGCAGGUGUACUUCCAAAGAGUCCUGUCCGCGUCCUCCGCCACCUACGCACAAGUCCUCUCCUUCCUGGCGGCGUUCGGGUGCCUGGUCAUGGCCGUCCCCUCGGUUCUCAUCGGAGCCAUCGGGGCCUCAACAGACUGGAACCAAACCACAUAUGGCGCCAUUCCCCCUAAGGACAAGGAGCAGGCGGACAUGAUCCUUCCCAUCGUUCUCCAGCACCUGUGCCCGCCGUUCGUCUCCUUCUUCGGCCUGGGCGCCGUCUCCGCCGCCGUCAUGUCGUCCGCCGACUCCUCCAUCCUGUCGGCCAGCUCCAUGUUUGCCAGGAACAUCUACCAGCUGGCCUUCAGACAGUCGGCGUCGGAUCGCGAGAUCGUGUGGGUGAUGCGCAUCACCAUCUUUGUGUUCGGCGGCCUGGCCACGGUGAUGGCGCUGGUCACCGGCACGGUUUACGGCCUGUGGUACCUCAGCUCCGACCUGGUGUACGUCAUCAUCUUCCCUCAGCUCCUCAGCGUGCUCUUCGUCAAAGGCACCAACACGUACGGCUCGGUGGCCGCCUACUUUUUCGGCAUGGUGCUGCGCAUCGGCGGAGGCGAGCCCUACCUGCAGCUGCCGCCUUUCAUUUACUACCCGGGCUGGACCGUGGAGCAGCGCAAGCAUCACAUCACGGGAGAAAUGGAGGACGCGGUCAUCCAGAAGUUCCCGUUCAAGACGGCCUCCAUGCUGGCCUCCUUCCUCGGCAACGUGGCCUUCUCCUACCUGGCCAAGUACCUCUUCGAGAGCGGCAAGCUGUCCCACAAGUACGACUUCCUCGACGCCGUGGUGUCCAAGCACAGCGGCGAGAUCAUGGAUAAGACCACGCUCGUGACUCGGGGCAACAACAUCGGGCUGUCGGAGAUGGCGCCCGUCAAGCCGCGGCUGAGCGUGACCCUGGCGGCCGCCUUCACGCGCCGCGACACGCUGCCGGCAGAAACGGUGGAGGAGGAGGAGGAGGAGUCGAGCCCCGACUCCUCCCAUCACGAUGAAUAA